AUGGCGAUUGUGACUGAGACGGAGGUCAGCCACAGCACCGCAGCAGCGCUCACAGAAACGACCAACGCCGGCCUGAACGGACGCGGGAACUCGCUGCAGGAGAAGCAGAAGCAGAAUCAGCAUCAGAAUGGCCAUCAGAACGGUCCUCAUCACCAUCCAGGCCGAAAACUGCGCAGCAAGUACCGCCAUGUCGCAGCGUAUCACUCGGAGGUGAAGCCAUCCUGCCUGAGCCGCGAGACGGAAAAGACACCCAGCUUCCUGGGCUUCCGGAACCUGAUGGUCAUCGUGCUGAUCGUGAUGAACCUGCGCCUGGUGGUCGAGAACUUCAUGAAGUACGGCGUCCUCAUCUGCAUCCGCUGCCACGACUACCGCAAGCAGGACCUGGUGCUGGGCGCCGUCCUCUACGCCCUUGUACCCUGCCACCUGCUCGUGGCGUAUCUCAUCGAGCUGUCUGCCGCGCAGCAGGUGAAGGGCGCAAUUGGCCGCGUCAAGAGAGACGAGGCGGCGUCGUGUACGAGCAAGGAGCUGACGGCGCUGCAGACGACGUGGGCGUACGUUGCGUUUGCGCAUGCCGUGAACGCCAGCCUGUGUCUGCUGGUGACUACGUAUGUGGUCUACUACUACAUCCACCACCCGGGCAUCGGGACGGUGUGCCAGAUGCAUGCCAUCAUUGUCUGGCUGAAGAACUGCUCGUAUGCGUUUACCAACCGGGAUCUUCGACAUGCGGUGCUCAACCCGUCGCCGGACAACAGGCUGCCGGAGAUAUACAAGUCCUGCCCUUACCCGCAUAACGUCACGAUAUCCAACCUGUCGUACUUCUGGCUGGCGCCUACGUUGGUGUACCAGCCCGUAUACCCGCGGACAGCGCGUGUGCGGUGGUCGUUUGUAGCCAAGCGGGUGCUGGAGCUCGUUGGGCUGGGUGUGUUUAUAUGGAUCAUCUCAGCGCAGUAUGCGGCUCCUGUGCUGCGUAACUCGCUGGACAAGGUCGCCAUGCUGGACUGGGUGUCUAUUCUCGAACGGAUGAUGAAGCUGUCGACCAUCUCGCUGGUGAUCUGGCUCGCGGGAUUCUUCGCCCUGUUCCAGUCCUUCCUGAACGCUCUGGCGGAGGUGCUGCGGUUCGGAGACCGUGAGUUCUAUAGCGAGUGGUGGAACAGUCCCAGCGUAGGCUCGUACUGGCGCUCCUGGAACCGGCCUGUCUACCAUUUCAUGAAACGACAUAUCUUCUCGCCCUUGGUCGGCCGCGGAUGGAGCCCGUUCGCAGCCAGUCUAGUCGUCUUCACUUUCUCUGCUGUCUUGCACGAGGUGCUCGUCGGCAUUCCCACGCACAACAUCAUCGGUGUCGCUUUUGCCGGAAUGAUGCUGCAGCUCCCUCUGAUAGCUGCCACGCUUCCGCUGGAGAAGAUGAACGGUCAGACAGGGAAGAUAAUAGGCAACUGCGUCUUCUGGCUCAGCUUCUGCCUUGUCGGCCAGCCGCUGGGAGCAUUGCUGUAUUUCUUCGCCUGGCAGGCCAAGUACGGCAGUGUCAGCAAGCAGGCCUUGUCCCCGAGUCCAUAG